UGGGUCAUGGCUAGGACAUGGCUGUUGCUUCUCCUGGCCCUCGGGUGUCCAGUCCUGCCCACAGGUGUAGCUGGUUUGCCUUUCCCUUCUCUCGCCCCACCCAUCACACUGCUGGUGGAUGGAAAGCAGAGGACGCUGGUGGUCUGCCUGGUCCUUGACGCUGCACCCCCUGGCCUUGACAGCCCCAUCUGGUUCUCAGCCGGCAAUGGCAGUGCACUGGAUGCCUUUACCUACGGACCCUCCCUAACAACAGAUGGCACCUGGACUAGCUUAGCCCAGCUCUCCCUGCCCUCUGAAGAUCUGGCAGCCUGGGAGUCUUUGGUCUGCCACACCAAGCCUGCAAUUGGGGGCCCGAGGCGGAGCACACGCCCCCUCCAGCUGUCAGCAGGAGACACUUCCACAGCCAGGACCUGCUUCCAAGAGCCUCUCAGGGGAUUACCAGGUCACGUGCUGCGGCUGGCGUUGCUGCGACUGCUGCUCUUCAAACUGCUCCUGUUCGACCUGUUCGUCACCUGUAGCCACCUCUGCAUGCCCACUGGCCAGAACCUGCUGCUGCCACCUGUAUGUAAGCCCCAGUCCCCACCUACUACAUUCGGACACAGAGACGAGAGACCUCAUGCCUUCAGCUCACCCAACCCACUGAGACUCAGUGCUGAGUCUAGGAAACAGAACACCUCCACCACCUGGGGCAGGAAGGCAGGAGGCCAUCUGGGUCUGAAGCCCAUGAUCUGCCCUUGAUAGUCCUUCCUCAAGUUUCAGAGCAUUUUUUUUUUCUGCUUGUGAUCUGUCUCUUCCUGUGAAUGUGGCUCCCCUGAGGCUGGGCUCUGCCUCCCUCACAGUACUGGCUUUGGAAGGAAAAGAGCUAUGUCUCUCCCAUCAGACAGUGUGGGAAGAUGAGGUGGUGCCCAGGCCCUGGGGCAUUUGGGGUGUACAUAGCUAAUGUUACAAUAAAGAAGAGCUUAAAUGACACGGGCAAAUUACAAGGAUUUUAUUCCCAUGCUUGGAGGAAAUUGUGAUAGAAGCAGAUUUAGAGGAAGCAAAAGACUCCCUAGAGGAAGAGAGCUUCCUGGAAGAGAGUAUUUGGGAAUUGCAGAGUGGGCCUGGGACUGGGGAGGAGUUGUGGGGUCUCUUUCUCCUUCCCCUAUGUUAUCCUGGCAUACAAUCUUUGUGAGAGGGCAGGGCAGGAGCCAGGGAGAUGAUGCUCGGCUGCUAAUCUUGUACAGACUUGACAGAACUGAGCAGGGCCAGGAUUCCCAAGGGAACAGGAUUAUAUUCAGUGUUAACAGCAUAAGGUAGUAAUUGCAAACUUAACAGGUUAUUAAUCAAUUAAGAAUCAUUAUUCAUUUGACAAAUAUUCACUCAGCAUCAGUCAGGAGUCAGGUACUAAAGAGAUUUGGCUUCUUUUAGUUUUCCUUUUUGUUUCUUUAUUUUUUUUAUUUUUUAUUUUUUUUUUUGAGACAGGGUCUUCCUGUGGCCCCAGCUGUCCUG